AUGAAGAGGAAGAGAGAACCCUAUGAGAAGAAUAAGAAGAAUAAGAGUCUGAAGCUGGGAGAAUCUUUAGAAACUCAGAAGCAACUUGUGCCUCUGAGCUCUUCAGCACCUCAUAUCCCUGACCCAACCUCCAUAACCUCCACUACUUUUGCGGAACAUUCAGAACCUUCUAAAACCAUUCCACCUCCAUAUGAACCCACUUCUGACCCUUUUGAACCCAUACGCAAACCUUCUGAACCCACUCCUGACCCUUCUGAACCCAUACACAAACCUUCUGAACCCACUUCUCAACCCUCUGAACCUGACCUCACUCUUCCUACCAUUGAUGAGGCUUUUGCUAAGUUCUCAGAGAACUCUGCUUCAAGACUCAGGAAGCUAUCUGACGAAUCCAGGAUCAAUGACAAUCCUUCUGAAGCUGUUGCGGAAGCUGCCGCUAAGGAGGAAACUGAGAAAGCUGUUGCAGAGGCUGAAGCUAGGGAAAAAGCUGAAGCUGAAGCAACAUUGGCUGCUGAAGCUGCUAGAAAAGCUGCUAAAGAUGCUGAUAAGGCAUCUGAGGUUGCUCUGACUCAAGGUGAGUCAUCAACAUCUGACCUAGCUCCUCUAUUUCUCAAGACUCUAGAAGAUCUUCAAAAAGAACAACAACUAGUCAGAUCCAUACUCAACCAGCAGGAUCAAGUUAACUCAAGCAUCCAUAAUCUACUUGCUUAA